AUGGAAACAAAGGUCUCUGAGGCAGAAGGAGCUCUGUCAGAAGGAAGUCAAAGGAUGCAGGCCCAGGAGUGUGCCCAAGAUGCCGUGUCAAGUGCUGCAGAUCUAGAGGAGACAGCUGGAGGAUUCCAGGGGUUCUCCUUGGAAAAAAUAAAGAAUGAGGAUGCUGACGAACACUUGGGAGGUACAGAUGGACAGAGGCAGGAGAGAAGAAACACAGGGGAUGAUCAGAGGAAUGAGGAAGAUGAGGACUUGGAUCAUCUAUCAACAAAUAUAGUCAAGAAUGAAGACAUGAGGGGAAACUUGGUGAAUGAAGUUGAACUGAACAGGCAGAAAGGCAGCCACAUGGUGAAGAAGAGAGACAAACCCAGUUUUUGCCAAGGUGGGAUUUUCCAUGAAGUAAUUCACAUGGUGGAGGAAACAUACAAGUGCUUGGAGUGUGGAAUGAACUUAUCAGAUCAGUCCCAAUAUAAUGCCCAUUUACAAAUGCACAGUGGUAAGAAGGCCCAUCAAUGCUUGGAAUGUGGAGAGACCAUGAUUUGCAGAGCAGAGUUCCUUAGACAUCAAAGAACUCAUACAGGGAACAAACCUUAUAGCUGCUCAAUCUGUAGCAAGAGCUUCUCUGAGAAAUCAGACCUUGUUCAACACCAGAGAAUUCACUCAGGAGAAAACCUAUUUAUCUGCUCAGAAUCUGGAAUGGCAUGCUCUGAUAGAGGAAAACGUAAUAUAAAGCACAAUAUAAUGAAGGCACAUAAAUGCUUUUGGUGUGGAAAACACUUCAGAUCCAGAUCACAACUCCUUGUGCACCAAAGGAUCCACAGAGGAGAGAAACCUUUUGAAUGCUCAGAGUGUGGAAUGAAAUUCAGUCAGCGUGGCCAUCUUCAGCAGCAUCAAAGAAACCACAAAGGGGAGAAGCCUUUUGAAUGCACAGAUUGUGGAAAGAAAUUCAGUCGGAGGGGCACUCUUCAACAGCAUCAAAGGAUCCACACAGGGGAAAAGCCUUUUGCAUGUUUAGAGUGUGGCGUGAGAUUCAGUCAGCGUAGCAAUCUUAAACAGCAUCAAAGAACCCACACAGGGGAGAAACCUUUUGAAUGCUCAGAGUGUGGAAAGAGAUUCAGUCAGAGUGGCACUCUUCAACAGCAUCAAAGAAUCCACACAGGGGAGAAACCUUUUGAAUGCUCAGAAUGUGGAAAGAGAUUCAGUCGGAGUGACGCUCUUCAAAGUCACCUGAGAAACCACACAGGGGAGAAGCCUUUUGAAUGCUUAGAGUGUGGGAAGAGAUUCAGUCACAGUGGUGCUCUUCAAAUUCACCUAACAACUCACACAGGAGAGAAACCCUAUGAAUGCUCAGAGUGUUGGAAGAGAUUCAGUCAGCUUGGUCAUCUUCAACAGCAUCAAAGGACCCACAUAGGAGAGAAGCCUUUUGAAUGCUCAGAGUGUGGGAAGAGUUUCAGUCAGCUUGGCAAUCUUCAGCAGCAUCAAAGAACCCAUAUAGGGGAGAAGCCUUUUGAAUGCUCAGAGUGUGGGAAGAAAUUCACUCAACUUCGCAAUCUUCAAGAGCAUCAAAGAACCCACACAGGGGAGAAACCUUUUGAAUGCUCAGAAUGUGGUAAGAGAUUUAUUCGGAGUGGCGCUCUUCAACAGCAUCAAAGAACCCACUCAGGAGAAAAGCCUUUUGAAUGUUCAGAGUGUGGAAUUAAAUUCAGUCAGCGUGGCCAUCUUCAACGACAUCAAAUAAUCCAUAUAGGGGAGAAGCCUUUUGAAUGCUCAGAGUGUGGAAAGAGGUUCAGCCAGUGUGGCAAUCUUCAACAGCAUCAAAGAACUCACAAAGGGGAGAAGCCUUUUGAAUGCUCUGAGUGUGCAAAGAGAUUCAGUAGGAGUGGCAAUCUUCAACGGCAUCAGAGAAUCCACACAGGAGAGAAGCCUUUUGAAUGCUCAGACUGUGGAAAGAAAUUCAGACACAGUUGUAGUCUCCGAGAACAUCAAAGAACUCAUGCAGGAGAGAAACCUUUUGAAUGUUCAGAGGGUGGAGAGACAUUCAGAUUGAGUUACAGUCUUCUGGAGCAUCAAAGAACCCACACAGAGGAGAAACCUUUUAAAUGCUCAGAGUGUGGAAAGAGAUUCAGGUUGAAUCGCAAUCUUCAGGAGCAUCAAAGAAUCCACACAGGGGAGAAACCGUUUGAAUGCUCAGAGUGUGGAAAGAGAUUUAGUCACAGUGGCAAUCUUCAGCAGCAUCAGAGAACCCACACAGGGGAGAAACCUUUUGAAUGCUCCGAGUGUGCAAAGAGAUUUAGUCGGAGUAAUGCUCUUCAAAACCAUCUAAGAACCCAUACAGGGGAGAAGCCUUUUGAAUGCUCAGAGUGUGGGAAGAGAUUCAGUCAGAGUGGCACUCUUCAGCGGCAUCAAAGAAAUCACACAAGGGAAGGACAUGCAACUUCUUAG